AUGGCCAGUGAUACAUCAGUACUUAACCAAGGGACGGGGUCAGAAAAUGUUGAUAAAUCAAAUGAUAAGACAGCUGAAGAUAUAUCGGAAAGUAACUUUUAUAAUUUUGAAGUUUCUAAGGAAGAAGAACCAUUUGUGUCAAAAUCUGUUGUGUUACUUGGGAAAGCACUAGCAAGAAAGAGGCUGAUGGCUUUUUCUCAAAGUAAAUUAACAAAUAUUUCUAAAAGGGAUUCUGUUUUAUCAAAAUCUGGUUCGUUAUCAUUUAGUUUAGCAAAAAAAUCCAAUCAAAAAGUCGGUGCAGAUGUCGUUUCAGCUUUCAAAGAAGAGGAGGAAGAUAGUGAACAAAGCAGAGGGGAAUCUUCCGCAAAAAGUGAUAAAGAGGAUGCUGGAAAGAGUGAAGAUAGCUCAUCAGCUAAAACAGAGAUGUAUCCAAAUCAUCCUCCCGAUGCAUUUAGCAAGAAGCCAAACUUUGGAUUCCUUACUUUUGUUAAGACAGUUGCGGUUGAAGACUCUGAAAAGCCGGAGGAAGCAUCCGCAAAGGACGGGGAAUCCAUUGCAGACAAAAGCUCUCAUUCAGGGAAAUCCGAUAGGGAACGAAGUCGUCAUUCAGAGGAGAGGAAUAGCAGGAGACAAGAUAGAGAAAGGCGAAGGUCUCGUGAAUGGAAAAAAUCUCCGGAAAGACACAGUCACAGGUAUGAAGACAGGGACAGAGGAAGGAGGUAUGAUCAGUAUGAAAGAAGGCGGUCUAAAGAAAGGAGUAGAAGCAGAAGAUCAGCUGAGAGAGAUCAUAGAUCGUCAGAAAGGACGAAAGAUAGACGGCAUAACGACAAGCAAGACACUGAUAGGAGAAAAUAUGCUGACCGAAACAAGUCUCCAGAAAAAGAGAGAGCUAAGCAUUCUUCAGAUUCAAAAUCUAAAAAGUCAGAUGAUUCGAAAAAAGCAAGCAAUUUGGAAAGGGAAAAGUUGGCAGCAGAUUCAGAGCAACUUGAGCAAAAAUCUGCAAAAUGUAAGGAUAAUCUUCCUGAGGUGUUAGCUGCAAACUCUGAGAAACAGUUCGUUUCUGAAGAAACUUGUUCCAAUGUUCUAAAAGAUUUAAUUGCAAAUGAAAUUAGUUCUUCUAUUGAAAAAUGUGUGAAUGAUAGUAGAGGUAGCAGUGUGUCUAAAAUUAAGUCUGAAGUUGUCCAUCCGACUUUAAAUGAGAUAUGCAGUGAUAAAGCGCAAUCAAAGUCAACAAAAUUGGAGCGUGAGGAAUUGGCACUGAGUGAAGAAAAUAAUUUUGAAGUGAAAGGUGUAGGAACUUUUUCUCAUUCGCUUGAUGCCCCAGAUGCAAAGAUUUCCGUUGCUUCAAGCAUAAAGUGUGAAAUAAAUGAUGCUGAUGUCGACAGAGCUGAUGCUCAGGAUUACCUUGAGUGUUAUGAACCUUAUGUGAAGUCUGAAAGUUUUGAAAAGAUCAAAGAAAAUGAAGAUUCUAAAUCUUUAGACAUAAAACUGCUACCUGCGUUAGUUGAUACAAAUGUUCCUUUGAAAAAAGAAUCAAGUACUUGUGAUGAUUUAAAAUCUGAAGUAAAAAUUGAACAAACUAACAAAAAGCUAAGCAAUGAAGAACUUAAAGAAAAUAAGGAUAUGUUAGUGUCACCUAUUUCUGAUAGUAAAACUUUGAAAAGAAAGAAAAAAUCUCAGCCCAGUUCUGCAGAUCUGAAGAAAUCUGAAAAAUCAAAGAAACGCAAAAAGAAAACUAAUAAACUUUUGUCUCAAAUGCUUAAAAACAAAGCAUUUAAAAAAUUCUGUCAGGAGUCGGGCCUAGACAUUUCUGAUAAUUCGAAAAAAAUUGAGGCUACUCUUCAAAUGCUGUAUAAAGCAAUGUCUGAAAAGAAAAAGAAAAAACGAAAAACUGAACCAAGUGUUUCUGAUGAUAGUGAUUCGUCCAGCAGCUCAAGUAGCAGUUCUUCGGGUGCUUCUAGCAGUGCAUCAGGAACUAGAAGUGAUGAUUCUUCUAGCAGUUCAUCCAGUAGUGAUAGCGAUGAUCCUGUGAAUAAAAAAUCAAAAAAGAAGAAAGUAAAAUCAAUGAAAAGUACUUUGUCAGAGAAUGCUAAAGGUAAAGACAAUUUAGUGUUAGACUGUAUUCAAGUUCCUAAAGAUAUUGAAGGCAUUCACGAGUCCAUUUCAAAUAAAAAUGAUGAAAAUAAUUUAAAGAAAGAUAAAAGAAAACUUGCUCAUGGUACAAAGCUGGACAAAAAUAAGCAGACAUUAAAACAAGAUGCAAAUGUGAACAGCGAAAUACCUCCUUCUUAUCUAGAACUUAAUAUUGAACAAAAAUCACCUAAGCAGGAAAAAUUUAAAAAGGAAGUCACAAAUGAUGAUUUGUGUUCUAAUAAAAUACAGAAGUUUAAUGAGGUAAUUGAAAACAAUCUACAUGAGAAUAGCAAAGAGUGUAAAAAUUGA